AACACACGCGCACACACACACACACACGCGGCUCUGUCCAGCCAGCACAAGGCUCGGACUUACAGCUCCUAGGUAUUUUCAGUUGUACUAAAAAGUAACAAAAACUAAACAAACACAGACCCGAGUGCUAAAAACUUUCGACUGACGCAACCAAAAACUAAAAAAACAACUUUUUUAUGUCGGUUUGUUCGUUAGAGGAUUUAUUUUGGGCCCAAGUGUAGUUUGUAGGUGGAUUUAUUCCUUUUUUUUUUUUUUUUGGAAGACUUGAACUUUGAAGACUGAAAGUUGGAGGAAAAAAGCCGACUCGUGAUGGACGCGCUGUCACUCAGGUUACUCGUUGUUGUGGCUUUGACCUCAGCCACUGUGGCUGGUGAAAUUAAUAAAGAAGACUUCUUGAAGAGCAGACUGAAGGAGUAUGGCCUGGUCAUGCCUAUCAGCACUGAUUCAGGUGGACACUUCUUGUCACACCUCCUCUCAGCAAAUCACAAGCAGCGUGUCAAGCGCAACGUGCCCAAUGCCACUGAGCCAGCAGGUGAGAAACUCUUCUUCAAUGUCACUGCUUUUGGCAAGGAGUUUCAUCUGCGGCUCUGGCCCAACAGCAGGCUAGUGGCACCUAAUGGCAUGCUAGAGUGGCACGACGAGAUUUUGGUGUCUACCAAUGGCACCACGAAUGAGACACACACAGACAGGAUUCUGAGGAAAGAGUUGAUUAAGACGAACUGCUGUUUUAUUGGGGACAUCACCGACACGCCUGGAGGAUCAGUUGCUAUUAACAACUGUGAUGGUCUGGCUGGCAUGAUCCGUACCAACACUGAGGAAUACUUCAUUGAGCCUCUGGAGCGUGGCAUGCAGCAGCAAGAGGAAAACGGACGAACGCACGUGGUGUAUAAAAGAUCCGCUCUGCUGCAAACACCUUCAGACAUCUCAGCGGACUACAAACACCCUGUGCCAGAACUCAGUGUCCCUGGGGCACUCGACAACAUCGCCAAACAAGUGAACCACACAUCCAGGAGACGCAGGCACGCCGGAGACGAUGACUACAACAUCGAGGUGCUUCUUGGCGUCGACGACUCUGUGGUGCGCUUUCAUGGAAAGGAGCAUGUACAGAACUACCUUCUCACUCUCAUGAACAUUGUGAAUGAGAUAUACCAUGACGAGUCACUAGGCGUGCACAUCAAUGUUGUUCUUGUGAGGAUGAUCAUGCUUGGCUAUGCAAAGUCCAUUAGCCUUAUUGAACGUGGGAACCCAUCGCGGAGCUUGGAGAACGUGUGCCGCUGGGCUUUCGGACAGCAGAAAGACGAUCCAGAACACUCCGAGCACCAUGACCAUGCCAUCUUCCUCACACGCCAGGGCUUUGGCCCUACUGGCAUGCAAGGCUAUGCUCCGGUCACCGGGAUGUGCCAUCCAGUUCGCAGCUGCACCCUCAACCAUGAGGACGGGUUCUCCUCCGCCUUCGUAGUGGCCCACGAGACUGGACACGUGCUGGGAAUGGAGCAUGAUGGACAGGGCAAUCGUUGUGGUGAUGAGACCACCAUGGGGAGCGUCAUGGCCCCUCUGGUGCAAGCAGCUUUCCAUCGCUAUCACUGGUCCAUGUGCAGUGGACAAGAGCUGAAGAGAUACAUUCAUUCUUAUGACUGCUUACUAGAUGAUCCAUUCAAGCAUGACUGGCCACAGCUCCCAGAACUUCCUGGCAUCAAUUACUCUAUGGAUGAGCAGUGUCGCUUCGAUUUUGGUGUUGGAUACAAAAUAUGCACAUCAUUCCGUACAUUCGAUCCUUGCAAACAACUUUGGUGCAGCCAUCCAGACAACCCUUAUUUUUGCAAGACUAAAAAGGGACCACCACUGGACGGCACCGAAUGUGCUCCCGGCAAGUGGUGCUACAAAGGUCACUGCAUGUGGAAAAAUGCUAACCAGGUGAAGCAGGACGGAGCUUGGGGAUUGUGGACCAAGUACGGUUCAUGCUCACGCUCUUGUGGGACAGGCGUGCGCUUCAGGACACGGCAGUGCAACAACCCAGCUCCAUCUAAUGGUGGACAAGACUGCCCAGGAGUCAACUAUGAGUUCCAGCUGUGCAACACAGAUGACUGCCCCAAGCAUUUUGAGGACUUCAGAGCCCAGCAGUGUCAGCUACGCAACUCCCACUUUGAGUACCAGAACACCAAACACCACUGGCUCCCAUAUGAGCACCCAGAUGCCAGCAAGAGAUGUCACCUGUACUGCCAGUCGAAGGAGACGAGCGACGUGGCAUACAUGAAGCAGUUGGUGCAUGAUGGCACACGAUGUUCCUACAAGGAUCCCUACAGCAUCUGCGUACGGGGGGAAUGUGUGAAAGUGGGAUGUGAUAAAGAGAUUGGUUCUGACAAGGAGGAAGAUAGGUGCGGCGUUUGUGGGGGUGACAAUUCACACUGCAGAACUGUGAAAGGAACCUUUACCCGAACCCCUAAAAAAGCAGGUUACCUAAAGAUGUUCCUCAUCCCCCCUGGGGCUAGACAUGUGAUCAUCCAAGAACAUGAGGCUUCCCCUCACUUUCUUGCGGUCAAGAACCAGGCCACAGGACACUACAUCCUGAACGGUAAAGGAGACGAGGUGAGGUCACGCAGCUUCAUCGACCUCGGAGUCGAGUGGGAUUAUGUCAUUGAAGAGGACGCUGAGACUCUGCAUACAGAUGGACCAUUACAUGAUGCAGUUAUUGUUCUGAUUAUACCAAAAGACAAUGAGACAAGAUCAUCACUGAUGUAUAAAUACAUCAUCCAUGAAGACUCGGUCCCAAUAAACAACAACAAUGUCAUUCAGGAAGACACAUAUGAGUGGGCUUUGAAGAGUUGGUCCCAGUGCUCACGACCUUGUGCUGGAGGAUUCCAGGACACAAAAUAUGGAUGUCGUAAAAAGGGGGACAAUAAGAUGGUGCACAGAAGCUACUGUGACAUUAGUAAGAAGCCCAAACCCAUCCGCAGGAUGUGUAAUCUCCAAGACUGCACACAACCACAGUGGAUAGCUGAGGAAUGGGAACAUUGCACCAAGACAUGUGGAAAUCUGGGUUACCAAAUCCGCACCGUACGCUGCGUUCAGUUCCUGCACGAGGGCACGAACCGCUCCAUCCACAGCAAGUACUGCAGUGGAGAGAAACCAGAGACCAGACGUCCCUGCAACAGAGUGCCAUGUCCUGCCCAUUGGAGGAUUGGAGCCUGGUCUGAGUGCUCAGUGACCUGUGGUGAGGGAGUGGCACGCCGCCAGGUCACAUGCCGCAUCGGUGAUCAGUGCGCCGGCGAAAAACCGGAGUCACAGAGGCCAUGCCGCCCAGGACCAUGCAACGAUGAGCCAUGUAGAGGAGACAAGUCCAUAUUCUGCCAGAUGGAGGUCCUUGCUCGGUAUUGUUCCAUUCCAGGUUACAGUAAACUGUGCUGUGAAUCAUGCAGCAAGCGCAGUGGCACGCUCUCUUCUCUGCUGACUGAAGCUGCCGAGGUCGAGGAGGAGGUGCGAUUUGGCUCAGCCUCACAAUUAUUCGAGACCCUCUCAGCCUCUGUCAAUCAAACCCUUAAUCUACCCCUUGAAAAACCCAAACAACCCAGUGGCCCGGCCAAACAAACCUCCAUCGGUGCAGCUCUCAAACCAAACACUGAGAGCAAAACUCCAAAACGUCUGGUGCAGGCUUCUAAACCCGGCACUAGAAACCUCCCCUUCAUGACAGCCUACAAGCAGCGCAAUAACAACUUCGCUAGCUCUACAUCUCAACACACGGAUAGCCUCCUAGAUAUUUCCAAGGUUGAAAGAUGAAUGCUAGGAUUAACAGCUUUUUUUACAUUCCUGGACUUUGUGUAGAUAUAAAUAGCUUUAUUCUUUGUCUUCAUUCAUAUCAUUCCUAUAAGAGGUUUAGGGAAGUAAAGUGCUGGUUCACUUUUUGGUUUCUUUGUCAUUCCCCCAAAUGGUUACUCAGAAUCACACUAGACAUCUAUGUUUUUUUUUGUUUGUUUUGUUUUUUAUUCUCUUUUGGGUAUGAGGCACCAAAGAUGUUUCAAAAUUAGUCAGACGUCCCUUUUCAGCAACCUCCAAGGUUUUGCACAUUUAGCUCAUGUGAUCGAGAUGCCAGUGAUCAGAAAUGCUUGUAGAUUUGUAGAAUUUCAGAAUCAAGCACAAAGGGUUUGUUUAAUGAAUUAAUAUUUAUGAAUGUUCCUGUAAAUACUGUAUGUGUAAUAGUCAGUAUUAUUUUUUACUAAGAACAUGGUGCAAAUGUUUUAAUGUAAGAUUUAAGUGUAUGGGUAAAAUGACAGCAGCUAAAGAUCUUUCCCUAUUUUUAGUUAUUCCCUGUCUAAACUCCUCAUCCUUAUAAAGCCAUUACUCACCAAACGUAGCAAGAAAUGCAUGUAAUCCUAGUUCUUUUGUGUGCAGUCACAUCAGUGAUUAACGUCAAAGCUAUGUAUUAACAACCAUUUUUUUGAAAUUUCUUUCCUUUUCUCUUGUACUGUAUUCAAUUCUUAAGCUAAAUGUGUAUUUCACCAGCAAGAGAGCUAAGUGUAGAGACAGAUUUAUAUGUCAGAACCCAGUGGGGCUGAAAAAAAAGUGCUGUCUGUCACGUGCCCGCGCAGAGCAUAGAGUGUGAAAGGCUAUAUUUUGAGUGCACCGAGGUAGGAUUAAUACAGAAUUAAUUAACGAAAAGCACAGUGUGUAAGGUGGUGCGCUUUCGCCUGCAAGAUGUCAAGGGAAAAAUGUUUAUUUUUAAACAAGGGUAAUUUCUCAACCACAAUGCAUCUGACUGCAAUAGCAAAGAACUCCACUGUACGUAUCAUUGGAGUCCAAACAUAUAAAAUCCAUUCACACAUGCUUGCUUGUGUGCUACUGUAUAGGUAUUGUAUAUAGAAUUAAGAUCUUUAGAGUAUUUAUUGACUUCCUUGUCUGUUUGUUUUAUGUCCAGCAUCUCUUAUUUCACUAGCAGGUAAGAGCCAACUCUUCAGUCACAAGGAAAAAACAGUUUUAAAUUAGUAGUGAGAAAGCUCUAGUCCAGCUGUUUUAGAAUAGCAUGUAGUGUAAAAGCCCAACACAACUGUCAGCGGCUUCUAAAGUAGUAGACGAAUCUGUUCUUACAGUCAAUUAGUGAAUCCGAGUCAUGAAAAGGUUUAAUCCAAGACAAACAUGGAAAAUGUUGGUGUUGUAGAUAUGAGUUUUAUAGAAAAGAAAAACUAUUGUAACAUUCUUGAAACUUAUUUUUUGAAAUAUUUUCAAUGUAAUUCCAUUGAAUUGCUGCCUUUGACAACUUUGCUGCUAAUGCUAUGCAAAGCUUUUAAUUUUCCUCAAAGCCAAAGUAGAUUAGUAUUUGUAGUUUUUUUUUUUUUUUUUUUUAUUGACAAUCCCUGAGCCUCAGACAGAUCCGCUGUAUAUGAAAAAACAUUUGUAUAUCCCCAGUCCUGACUUUGCAUGUAAGUAUUAAUUCAUGUUCUGACUCUCAAUGUCGGUUUCUUACAUCUUGCCAUCUGUUUAUUUGUCUUUUUUGUUUUAAUGGAAGUGUACACUACUGAUGCUGUUUGUAGUAAUGGGGAGCACAUAGCAAUAAAGAACAUAGUAAAUA